GCUCCAGGACCCAGCGCGGGCGGCGGGCGGCGGGCGGCGGGCGGCGGCCUCGGAGGGAGAAGGAGAGGAGGUGGCGGCCGGCGGGAGGCAGGCCCAGCCGGGGACCGAGCCCGCCGCGGCGCCUCCUCGCAGGGGACCGCGCCGGGGCCGGCGCCGGGCGCCCGCGGGACACCCCACCCUCCUCCUGCUUCCUCUUCCACCUGCUCCUCCUCAUCCUCCCUCCCUCCUCCUCCCGCCGCUCUCCCUUCUCCCCGCCUCUCCACCUCGCCCGCCGGUCCCCUUCCCGGCCUCUCGGGGACUCGCCCAGCGCCCUCCCCGGGCCCCUCCGGGGCGCAGCCUCUCCCGGUGCCCAGCAUGCUUCUCCCGCGGGGGCCGGGGGCUUGAGCGCGCCGGGCCCUCGCCUCCUCCGGGGCAGGGCCAAGGCUCCCGGGGGGAGGGGGGAAGGGGUGGCCCCCUCCCCCCCCGCCAGCCCUCCCCUCCCCCACUUUCCCUGAUGGCCGGCUUCCUUUUCUCUACCCAGUCCUCGCCCCCCGUGGCCCCCCCAGGCCGGCCCGGCUAGGGGAGGGGGCGGGGGCCCAUUCCCGGGCCGGCUUCCCCCUCCCCCGGCUUUGCCUGGGCCCCCUCCCUUCCGUUUUCACCUUCCUCCCUCCUUUCCACCCUCCUUCCCCUCCAUUUGCUCCUUCCCCCUCUCCUUUCUCCCCUUCUCUCCUCCAUUUUCUCCUUUCCCCUUCCUCCCUUUCCCACCCGCCCUCUCCUCUUCCACCUGUCCUUCCUCCCCACUCCUGGGGAGCCCCGGUUUUGGGUUAGUUGGGGGCCACCGCAGGAGGCGGGGGAGGGGGCCUGUCGCCUGCCCUCUCCCCCCGCCCCGUCCACCCACCACCCGGCUCCGAGCGGCUUCCGCUGUGGCUCCUCGGCCUCGAGGGACCCUCCGUCCCACCCACUCCCAGGAUCCGUGGCGAGUGGGGGCCGCGGCAGCUGCGUCCCCAUGAGGAGGGGAGGAAGAUGCCGGCUGAGCUGCUGCUGCUGCUGAUAGUUGCCUUCGCCAGCCCCAGCCGCCAGGUGCUGUCAUCACUGCGCAUGGCUGCCAUCCUGGACGACCAGACCGUGUGUGGCCGUGGGGAGCGUCUGGCCCUGGCCCUGGCCCGGGAGCAGAUCAACGGGAUCAUCGAGGUCCCCGCCAAGGCCCGGGUGGAAGUGGACAUCUUUGAGCUGCAGCGGGACAGCCAGUACGAGACCACGGACACGAUGUGUCAGAUCUUGCCCAAGGGGGUCGUGUCGGUGCUGGGGCCCUCUUCCAGCCCCGCGUCUGCGUCCACCGUGAGCCAUAUCUGUGGGGAGAAGGAGAUCCCCCACAUCAAGGUGGGUCCUGAAGAGACACCCCGCCUUCAGUACCUGCGCUUCGCCUCUGUCAGCCUGUACCCCAGCAAUGAGGACGUCAGCCUGGCCGUCUCACGCAUCCUCAAGUCCUUCAACUACCCCUCGGCCAGCCUCAUCUGCGCCAAGGCCGAGUGCCUGCUUCGAUUGGAGGAGCUGGUGCGCGGCUUCCUCAUCUCCAAGGAGACCCUGUCGGUGAGGAUGCUGGAUGACAGCCGGGAUCCCACACCGCUGCUGAAGGAGAUCCGCGACGACAAGGUGUCCACCAUUAUCAUCGACGCCAAUGCGUCCAUCUCACACCUCAUCCUGCGGAAGGCCUCCGAGUUGGGAAUGACCUCAGCGUUUUACAAGUACAUCCUCACCACCAUGGACUUCCCCAUCCUGCACCUGGACGGGAUCGUGGAGGACUCCUCCAACAUCCUGGGCUUCUCCAUGUUCAACACCUCGCACCCCUUCUACCCAGAGUUCGUGCGCAGUCUCAACAUGUCCUGGAGGGAGAACUGCGAGGCCAGCACCUACCCAGGCCCCGCGCUGUCGGCUGCCCUGAUGUUUGAUGCGGUGCACGUGGUGGUGAGCGCCGUCCGGGAGCUGAACCGCAGUCAGGAGAUCGGUGUGAAACCGCUGGCCUGUACCUCGGCCAACAUUUGGCCCCAUGGGACCAGCCUCAUGAACUACCUGCGCAUGGUAGAGUAUGAUGGGCUGACCGGGCGGGUCGAGUUCAACAGCAAAGGGCAGAGGACCAACUACACCCUGCGCAUCCUAGAGAAGUCCCGCCAGGGCCACCGUGAGAUUGGGGUGUGGUAUUCGAACCGGACCCUGGCCAUGAACGCCACCACCCUGGACAUCAACCUCUCACAGACGCUGGCCAACAAGACGCUGGUAGUCACCACCAUCCUGGAGAAUCCGUACGUCAUGCGCCGGCCCAACUUCCAGGCCCUGUCGGGGAACGAGCGCUUCGAGGGCUUCUGCGUGGACAUGCUGCGGGAGCUGGCCGAGCUGCUGCGCUUCCGCUACCGCCUGCGGCUGGUGGAGGACGGGCUGUACGGGGCACCCGAGCCCAACGGCUCCUGGACGGGCAUGGUCGGCGAGCUCAUCAACCGGAAGGCGGACCUGGCGGUGGCCGCGUUCACCAUCACGGCCGAGCGGGAGAAGGUCAUCGACUUCUCCAAACCCUUCAUGACCCUGGGGAUCAGCAUCCUGUACCGCGUGCACAUGGGCCGUAAGCCGGGUUACUUCUCCUUCCUGGACCCCUUCUCCCCCGCCGUGUGGCUCUUCAUGCUUCUGGCCUACCUGGCCGUCAGCUGCGUCCUCUUCUUGGCUGCCAGGCUGAGCCCCUACGAGUGGUACAACCCCCACCCGUGCCUGCGGGCGCGCCCCCACAUCCUGGAGAACCAGUACACGCUGGGCAACAGCCUCUGGUUCCCCGUGGGCGGCUUCAUGCAGCAGGGCUCGGAGAUCAUGCCCCGGGCACUGUCCACGCGCUGCGUCAGCGGAGUCUGGUGGGCCUUCACCCUGAUCAUCAUCUCCUCCUACACGGCCAACCUGGCCGCCUUCCUCACCGUGCAGCGCAUGGAGGUGCCCGUGGAGUCGGCCGAUGACCUGGCGGACCAGACCAACAUUGAGUACGGCACCAUCCACGCCGGCUCCACCAUGACCUUCUUCCAGAACUCUCGGUACCAGACCUACCAGCGCAUGUGGAACUACAUGCAGUCGAAGCAACCCAGUGUGUUCGUCAAGAGCACGGAGGAGGGCAUCGCCCGCGUCCUCAACUCCCGCUACGCCUUCCUGCUCGAGUCCACCAUGAACGAGUACCACCGGCGCCUCAACUGCAACCUCACCCAGAUCGGGGGCCUCCUCGACACCAAGGGCUACGGCAUCGGCAUGCCACUGGGCUCCCCGUUCCGGGACGAGAUCACCCUGGCCAUCCUGCAGCUGCAGGAGAAUAACCGGCUGGAGAUCCUGAAGCGCAAGUGGUGGGAAGGGGGCCGGUGCCCCAAGGAGGAGGAUCAUCGAGCGAAAGGUCUGGGCAUGGAAAACAUCGGGGGCAUCUUCGUCGUGCUCAUCUGCGGCCUCAUCAUCGCCGUCUUCGUGGCCGUCAUGGAGUUCAUCUGGUCCACACGGAGGUCGGCCGAGUCGGAGGAGGUGUCGGUGUGCCAGGAGAUGCUGCAGGAGCUGCGGCACGCCGUGUCCUGCCGCAAGACGUCGCGCUCCCGCCGGCGCCGGCGCCCGGGCCCGAGCCGGGCGCUGCUGUCGCUGCGCGCCGUCCGCGAAAUGCGCCUGAGCAACGGCAAACUGUACUCGGCGGGCGCGGGCGGUGACGCGGGCGGCGCGCACGGGGGCCCCCAGCGCCUCCUGGACGACCCGGGGCCGCCCGGCGGGGCCCGGCCGCUCGUGCCCACGCCCUGCACGCACGUGCGCGUGUGCCAGGAGUGCAGGCGCAUCCAGGCGCUGCGGGCCUCGGGGGGCGGCUCGGCCCCGCGCGGCCUCGGCGCCCCCAGCGAGGCCACCAGCCCGCCCCGGCCGCGGCCCGUCCCCGCCGGGCCCCGCGAGCUGGCCGAGCACGAGUGACCCCGGGCGGCGCCCCGGACGGACCGCAGGACUGGGGAGCCCCGCGCGCCGGCCGCCCGCGGGGGGAUCGGCGGCUCCCGGUCCAAGUCCAAGCCCGGCCGCGCCCCCUAGUGGACUCGACGGAGGGUGCCGCGGACGCCCGCACUGCGCCCCCCACCACUGCGGACCCGAGGAGCCGAGGACUCGGGGGCGCCCUGACCGGAAGCGGAAAGCGGGUCGGCGCGGAGAGCUCCUUCCCGGGAAUGGCCAGCAACCCCCGCUCCGGACUUGACGCAGCCCUCCCCACUUCUGGAGGAGGGGAGGGCCUACGGGCAGAUGCGUGUCCCCUGACGCCGCCUCUCGACUCUUCUUUCUCUCUUUUUUUUGGGGAGAGACCUCGGAAUUUCUAUGAGACCCCUCCAGGGAGGGGGUCAGUUGGGCCCCCAUCCCUCCCCCUCUGCCACACCUCCAGUCCCUGUUGGAAUAAAAAAAAAAAAAAAGAACAAAACCCCAAAGCGGUGGGGGGAUA